CAGUGCGUCAGUUUGUACUUCCGGAGUGAUGACCCCUCUUCUGCCAUGUGCAUGGAAGAAAAGUAACCAUGAAGAAGCUUUUAUAAAACCUAAAUGAGAGAAGAAAAACCACUGUUUGUCCCCUGAUCAGCGCCAGAGAGAGAAGGAGGCUUCGGCAGGAAUAAGUGAGGCGGACUGUCACGAGUGAAACACCAGUAACUAGCUAAAAAAAAGUAACAAGUAACUCUGGAUUCUUAGCUAGUUUGAGGUUCGUUGUCGCCAUGGCUCUGUACUUGAAAGCCGCGGAGAUCUUGGAGAAAGCCGAGAGGAAGCAGGGCGCUUUGAAAACUCUGGUUUACGACAGUAAGUUUGGCAACAUCAAACAGUUGUUCGCUCUGGUUUGUGAGACCCAGAAGUUUAGCCCCAUCCUGCAGGAGCUCAUCGAGUCCACCAAGCUGCUCAAACAGACCAAGCUGAGGUUGCACCUGGCCAUGGUGCUGGUGUACGACCUGCUGAUGGGCCAGGGGCUGAAGUGCGGCGGCUCCUGGAAGGUCACGAUGAUGAAGCAUCGCUCCAGGCUGCAGGCGGAGCUGGCCCGCAUGAAAGUAAAGCAGAAGGUCAGCAAGAAUGAAGACCUCCUCCCUGCCAGCGUCCAGCGGCCCGCCGGGGACCACCUGCCCAGGUAUGUGCGUGUGAACACCCUGAAGACCACCGUGGAGGACGCUGUGGACUACCUGAAGAGGGAUGGCUUCUCCUAUCAGGGACAGGCCUCUAGGCUGGACGACUUAACCCUGAAGGGGAAAGAGUUUGUGAGGGACCUGCACCUGCCGGAGCUGCUGGUCUUCUCUCCUAAAACGGACUUCCAUGACCACUUCCUGUACAAGGCCGGCCACAUCAUUCUGCAGGACAAAGCCAGCUGUCUCCCCGCCUAUUUCCUCAACCCCCCACCUGGCAGCCGUGUCAUUGAUGCCUGCGCUGCCCCCGGCAACAAAACCAGCCACCUGGCAGCUCUCAUGAAGAACAAGGGCAAGCUGUUUGCCUUUGAUUUGGAUGCCAAGCGUCUGACCACCAUGUCGACUCUCCUGCUCCGAGCUGGGGUCACCUGUCAGCAGCUGGCCAACCAGGACUUCCUGAAGGUGGACCCUGACAGCGCGCAGUACAGAGAUGUUGAAUACAUCCUGCUGGAUCCCUCCUGCAGUGGAUCAGGUAUGGUGUGUCUCCGGGACGACACCUCUGCUGACCAGGAGAAGGAUCGGGCUCGUCUGGCUUCCUUGGCCUCCUUCCAGCUAAAGUGCCUGAACCACGGCCUCAGGUUCCCCAGCCUGAAACGCCUGGUCUACUCCACCUGCUCCAUCCACAGCCAGGAGAACGAGGAAGUCGUAACGGCCUGUCUGCAGCAGAACCCUGGCUUCAGGUUGGUUCCCCUGCUGGCUCAGUGGCCUGAACGAGGCCUUGAACCGCUCACUCAGUGUCUGCGCGCCAGCACCGCCAAGACCCGCACACAUGGUUUCUUUGUGGCUCUGCUGGAGAAACACAGUGAGGCUGGGAGCACGAAGCAGGGACAACCUGGCCAGAUGAGUGACCCUGAGACCAUCGCUCUUGCUCCACCUGCCUGUGAGAAGACACCUGAAGCUUCAGAGAUGGAGGACAAACCGACGCCUGCUGCAGACGAGGUGAACAGCAGACAGACUGACACUACACCAGGCAAGAAGAAGAGGAGGAAGAGGAAGAAGAAGGCAGCAACAGCAGAGUGAUAAGAAAGUAAAAAUUGGACUUUGACAUGAUGUUGUGUCUAUUGUUUUAAAGAAGAGACAUGUGGACUAAUUAACUGAAAAGUAAAGAUUAUUUUUGUCUUGUA